AUGUCUACUAAUUAUCACGAUCAUCCACUUAAGCGCCUUUAUGUCGAUUUCAUUUAAAAGUAUCAAAGACCUAUUAAUCCUGAUAUUAUUAAUAUUCUUGAUCAACGUUAAAAUAAUCUCAGGCUAUCGAAAUAGGAUUUAUUCUCUCCUCCUACUUCACGUUCUUUGGCUAAAGAAUUGGAAGAGGAUGCUCUUGAUAUUUAAUCAGUAUGUAUUUUAUUAGAAAAUGGGAUUGACAACUUAUUUGAAUUAGAAAUAAGUGGUUUUAAAAUGAAUGUUGAAAUUAUUCAUUAAAUUACACAAUCAAUUAAGGAUAACGUCUAUUUGUAAAAAUUGUCUCUUUCAAAUAAUAUGAUUGAUGAUAAUUCAGCUGCUCACAUUGCUAUGUUUAUUUAGCUUAAUUAAAAUAUUAAACAAAUUGAUCUAUCAUAUAACAGGAUAUCUAACUUUGGUGCACAGCAAAUAGCUUAGGUACUUUCCACAAAUAAGGUUAUUACUCAUUUAACUCUAUCAAGAAAUUACAUAGAAGAAGAUUACUUUGGUGAGGCACUUAAGAAAAACCAAUGCUUAUUAGUAUUAGAUAUAAGUCACAAUAACUAUAGUAUGGAAUCAGUUGAGAACUUAUUAAAGGGAUUGCUUGAAAACUAAAAAUUGCAGAGAUUAAAAAUUUUAGGAAUGUUAAUUGGACAUAUUCACAUUUACUAGUUUUGCGAAGUACUAUCAACAAAUAACUCCCUUUAAGAAAUAGAUUGGGAUUUGAAUUUAAAGCAAGAUGAUCAAGAAAUAAUUUCUAAGUUAGAAGAUUCUCUUUUUGAUAACAAUACCCUAAUAUCUAUGCUUUCAAAUAAGAUGAACAUAGGAAUUAACAAUCUUCUUACUGAGGUCAUAUGCAAAUAUCUACUUGCUAAUGAAUGGGUAUUUAAAAAUUAUAAAAGUGUUUUAAGAAAUGAAAUGCCUCAAUGUAAUGAGAAUAUUAGGGAUAUUGUUUGCAGAAAGAUAACUAACAUUUAAGCUUCUCAAAAAAUACAGGAAGAGGCUAAUGCCUUACAAUUAAUUUAAAAUGCUAAAGAGGAGAUUAUGCAAAAAUAGCAGGACAUUCAAAUUCAACAUAUGAUUGUUGAUUAAUUUUAAUAGUCCCAUUAAGAACUCUUUAAUAGCUUUAACAGCAACAAUGUUAAUAAUUUAAAUACAUCUAAUGGCAACUUUAGUAGCAUCACUAAUAAUAACAAUAACAGAGAGAAAUAAUUGAAAGUUUUACAGCCAAAAAUAAAAUAAAUCUAAUAAAGCUAACAAUAAAACUCUAACAUAAGUAAUAAUUAAAUAGGUGGUGCUGUUGUUACAGGUGGUAAUCUUGAGUACUCAAGAGAACUCUUAAAUAACAUAAGUACCAAAAAGUAGUAAAAUUAGUAUUAUUAACAGAAUUAGCUGCCUUUCUAAAGCAAUAGCUAGAAUAGUUUUAAGAGACUAGACUUAAUUGGAAUGUAGCUUCCAAGCUAAAUUCUCAAUAAUACCACUUAAGAAUAAGAUAACAGUGCAAUUUAGAAUUUGAAUAUUAAUUUAAAUUCUGUAAACAGCCAAUAAUUUCUUAACAAAAGUUUUAAUAAUACCAAUAAUUUGGCUUCUAACAAUAAUAACAAUAACGCAAAUAACAAUAGAUAUGCUUAAUCCUUAGAACCUACUACUGAAGGUCCUCUAUUAUCUGAUGUGUAAUAAUAUUAGUCAGUCAUAAUGUAGAAUCCUACUAAUUACAACACCCUCAAUUAACAAUAGUAGAAUUUGCUGUAUAAUUAAAUUCAAGACUAAGCUUAUUAAUUAUAAUUCCAAACUAGUUAGAAAAAAUAGUGGAAUAUGCCUCUAUAAAAUAUUCCUUAAUAAGACAGAAAUUAUUUUAAUGGAGAAGAAGACUAUACUCAAGAUUAGGAAUUUUAAAGCUAGUAGAAAACUGAUAGAUUAAUAACAGGAGAAAAAGAAGAAAUAGAGGGGAAAAUAUAUGAAAGAAUCAAAGACAUAAUUAAAGAAGAAAUGGCUAAAACCAUGGAAUAGUAUAUGAACGGACAGAACAAUUAUAUUGCUUAAAAUAAUUAUUCUGAACUAAAUAACUAAAUAAAAAAGCCUCUAAAUCUUUAGAUAGAAAGCACUAACACAAACUCUUAAAAUGAUUUUAAUUCAAACUAUUGCAUAAAGAGUAUUAAAAGCGAAGAAAGAUUAAAUUAGAUUUGCGAGAAUAAUAGGGAAACAGGCACUUAAAAUGAAUCAAUUAUUAGUAACAGAAAUCAAUUAGAUUUUGUUGAAAUUUAAAGUAGAUUAAAUGAUUUAGAGGAGAAAAUGAAUUAGGUUAGCCUGUUUUAUGAGGAAACUAACAAUUAAAUGAACUAUAAAUUAUAAGAAAUUGUUGAAAAUGUUGAGAAAUUAGUUGAUUAAAAAUAAACUAUGAAGGAGCUUAUUGAGCAAAGAGUCAAUUAGGUAAAAGAGAGCUGGUAAAGUGAGUGUAUUAAUGCUAUGAAUAUGCAUUUAACCUAAAUAUAUAACCCAAAUAUAAUAGAAGAUUUAAAAAAUAGUAUAGAGAAAGUAGUGAGAGAGUAAAAUAAAGUAUAUGAGGAAUAAAAAGAAAUGGCGAGGAAGGUAAACUCAAGUGAUAGAGAAAUAAAUGAUUUAAAACAAUUGAUUGAUUUAGUUGAUUCUUUAAAAAAAUCGGUUAAGAUCUUAGAAAAAAAGACAGAUAAAAAAGAUUCCGAAGUCAAUUAACAGUUGUGCGAUUAUGGUGAAAAAGUUAAAUAAAUUGAAAAAAUUUAGCAGGAGUCAAAUUUAAUGGUUGAAAAAUAUACUGAAGAACUAAAUAAAAAGUUUAAGGAACUCAAACGUAAUUCUGUUAAAAAAGAUGAAUAGUUAUUUAAGAGUAGAACUGAAUUUGAUGAACAUAUUAACGAGAUAAAAUGCCAUAUUGAAGAAGCUCUCAAAAAGCUUGUUGAAGAAAGACUUUUCUAAUUAGAAACAGCAUUUAACAUCAAUGGAGGCUUUAAGACAUAUUUGAAUAAUUUAUAAGCAAAACUUGAAAAAGUAGAAAGCUCUAUACAUGGAUAAUAGUAAUAGUAGUAGUCUCUUUUGGAGUCUAAGCAAAAUGUUGAAAGUCAAAAUAAUUAUUAAAGCAAAACUAAUUGCUGCUAUAAUAUCAAUCUACCUUAAAAAUAUGCUAAUAAAGAAAAUUAAUACAAAUAUUAAGAUGAUGUUAGUGCUUAAAAAAAGAAAUAUAGCGCUAGUUUUCACCAGAAUAUUGAGUAGCCAACAGCUGAUAAAGUGAGCCAUAUCAGUAGUUAGUAUGUAUAGCGCUAAGAAAGUGGAGAUGAAAAAGAUUUCUAUAUAUAAAAAUGUAAUAGUUCGUUAAAAAAGUAAUUAUCAUCUUCUAAGAAAUAAGAUCUUCCUUUGACUCUUUCUGACUUAAAUGCACAAAGUAUUGUCUAAAGUGGGCUAAAAAUAUAACACCACAAUAGACAAAAAAGUAUUUAAGAAGUCAGAGAAGAUGUAUGUGACAAGCUAAAUAAAUAUAAAGAAUCAAAAAGAUUAUUUGAAGAAGGAUAAAAAAUAAAAUAGUAUUCCAGUAUGUUUUUAGAUUUAGAUCAAAAUGAAAAAACAUUAGACUAAUCAGAAUUAAAUAACAAAAGUAAAAUAAAUAAAUAUGCUUCAUCUAUGCUAAUUAAUUAAAAAUAAUACAAUUCUAAUUAGUCAACUCGAUCAACAAAAGUUAUUUAAUUUAAGUGA